AUGGUAGAUGGACUGAAUACCUCGAACAUUAGGAAGAGAGCCAGGACUCUCUCCAACCCCAAUGACUUUCAGGAGCCUAAUUAUUUGUUGGACCCCGGUAAUCAUCCCUCAGAUCAUUUUCGAACUCGAAUGUCCAAAUUUCGGUUUAAUAUCAGAGAGAAGCUAUUAGUGUUUACGAACAAUCAAUCAUUUACGCUGAGCCGCUGGCAAAAGAAAUACCGUUCUGCGUUCAAUGACCUCUACUUUACCUAUACUUCCUUAAUGGGAUCGCAUACCUUCUAUGUCCUGUGUUUACCUAUGCCCGUGUGGUUUGGAUAUUUCGAAACUACGAAAGAUAUGGUUUAUAUCUUGGGAUAUUCUAUCUACUUGAGUGGUUUUUUCAAAGAUUACUGGUGUUUGCCUAGGCCUAGGGCACCACCAUUACAUCGGAUUACGUUAAGUGAGUAUACAACAAAGGAAUACGGUGCUCCAAGCUCGCAUACGGCGAAUGCUACAGGGGUGAGUCUCCUGUUUCUUUACAAUAUCUGGAGGAUGCAACAAUCCUCUGUCAUGCUUCAACUGAUGUUAUCAUGCGUGGUUUUAUUUUAUUACAUGACCUUGGUCUUUGGUAGAAUAUACUGUGGGAUGCAUGGACUAUUAGAUUUAGUAAGCGGUGGGCUCAUUGGAAUAGUAUGUUUUAUUGUUAGGAUGUAUUUCAAAUACAGGUUCCCGGGUUUACGCAUUGAGGAGUAUUGGUGGUUUCCUGUGUUUAGUGUAGGAUGGGGUCUUCUCCUUUUAUUCGAACACGUCAAGCCCGUAGACGAAUGUCCCUGCUUCCAAGACAGUGUUGCGUUCAUGGGUGUUGUGUCAGGCAUAGAAUGCUGUGAUUGGCUGGGCAAAGUAUUUGGAGUCACCCUAGUAUACAAUUUGGAACCUAAUUGCGGCUGGCGGUUGACCCUAGCCAGGCUACUGGUGGGUGUACCGUGUGUUGUUAUCUGGAAGUACGUAGUCAGCAAGCCGUUAGUCUACACGUUGCUGAUCAAGGUUUUCCAUCUGAAGGACGAUAGAAACAUUGCGGCAAGAAAGAGACUGGAGGCCACGCAUAAAGAAGGUGGAAGCAAGUACGAAUGCCCAUUGUAUAUUGGAGAACCUAAAAUUGACAUUCUGGGCAGGUUUAUUAUCUAUGCUGGUGUCCCAUUCACCGUUGUAAUGUGCAGCCCUGUCCUCUUUUCCCUCUUACAUAUAGCAUAA